AUGAAACGCGACGAGGAAAGAAUGUUCCAAGCGUCCAUGACUCGACAUGAGCACGAAUUAUUAAAAACCCCGUUGUCACUUGCUUGGUUUGUGAGAGAUGUGAAUGUCACGCCUUUUGCAAUUUCCAAAAAUCGGACGCUUGUAAACCGAGGUUCCCUGAUCUGGAAUGCCCCCGCUGGAUCGCUAUCAACGGGUCUGAAAUUGAUUGAAUUCGAAGUUUCUCACUUAAACUCAACUGCAGCAAGACGAGACUUAACUUUCAUCAAAGUGGAAGAGCCAUGUCUAAUUGCUGUGAUAAACGGUGGAUCCGAAACCCUGGUAUCUGCCAGGGGGCACAUUGACAUCAAUGGAGGCGAUUCCAUUGAUCCGGGAAUCGGCGGGGCUCGUUCUUCUGGUAUGGAAUUUAAGUGGAAAUGUUUCGAUGGCGGAUCGCUUGUGCCCAUUUAUAAUGAUACCCGAGCCAUAGUAGUUCCGUCAGAAUUAUCCAAGAGAACUGCAUCUAUCUGCCAGAGCCAGGAAAUGAAUGAGACAAGAGGACGUAAAAUUCUCUUUCAGCCUAAAGCGGAACACAUAUACUACAUCCUGCUUGUUGUCGAAAAAGAUAGCCGCCAGGCUGAGUUUCUUCAGACUGUUUAUGCAGUAGAUGAAGACAUGCUAAACGUCAAAAUCAGAUGCGUCUCUAACUGCAAGAGGGAUGUUAUACCCAGUGAACGCUUUAGCUUGACAGCUAAGUGCUCCGGGUUAUGUAGACUGAAGAACACUAGCAUUACCUGGAAAUUGUUCACAAAGGGAUUCCAAAGCAAUGAAUCCACAACAGUGUGGCAUCUGAAAGACUCCUUGAAAUCGAUGAUAUCAACAAAGAUUAGCUCGAGAAAUAUCGUUUUUAGACAAGGAAGAUUACUGGAAGGUUCAUCUUACAGGCUUACAGUUAAUGUGGGACCUGCAACGGGACACAAGCAGGCGGAGAAACUUUAG